ACAUACGACAAGCUCUAUCUGUAAAUUUAUAAAGAAAAUAUCUAUUUGUAGGGACGGUAUACCCAGAAAAUCCUUAUCUCUUUGUCCAAGAAAUAGUAGAUAGGGGCUCUGAUUUGCUGACAUGUAUCCACCCGAACUUGGCAUUGCAGUUACGGGGAGAACAAUGGCAGAAGCCAGCCGUUUAGUAUCAUCUUCGUCAGCAAGAACUAUCAACCAAAUUCGAAGCUCGUUCCAAUCUAAGCUCAAUUCCCAUAAACUUCAAUCCCACAGUGUCGGUGUUCGGUUUAGAGCUGAUUCCAGAAAGCAUGAUUACUCAUCUCUGAUUAGCAAGAAAGACAGUUGGAGUGGUCGACGCCGUCUGAUCACGAUUUCAACAGCAGACGGAAGGUGGCAUGGAACAUGGAGCUGUGACUUCCUUGUAUCUCUCAAGGACCUGGACUUGGAUGACUUGGUUGAAGAUGAUGAACAAAAAGAUGCUCAGGUUUAUAUCAAUCUCAGCAUCCAAAAGCAUGCCAGCUUUGGUCUCUCAAUAGAUGGAAGGAUUGUGACAUCUUUCACUAGAAAAUGUGGCAUUUGCUCUUCCCCAUAUUGCAGAGAGAUUGAUACCAACUUCAACGUUUGGGUUCUGGCUUCGAGUAGAGACCAUGCUGCAACUCAUCAAUUGCCUGAAAUUGGUGGAGAUGAUCCAUCAGUUAUCUAUGUGAAACCAGGGUAUGAAGCCAACCUGGAUUCUCUGAUACAGGACACCAUCCGGCUUACUACCUCCACCAAGGACACUUGCUCAGAGUCAUGCCAGAAAUCUGAACCCACCCUGCGUUAUAUUGGUAAGAAGAAUGCAGCUUCCAUCGACCAGAGGUGGUGUAGAUUGUUGGAACUAAGGAAAGCAUAUCUACAUGGUGCAAAUAUUUAGAUUAUUUAUACAAAGAUUUACUAUGCUUUCUGUCUACAUGAGCCAUAGAUUAAAAAAACAAAAACCCAAGUCCUAAAUUUUCAUGUUGAUCAUGAAAUAUUGGAAACCAUGGUUACUUUGAUUAUGGAGUUUGAACCGCGCAAAGUGUAUAAUUUAGUAUUUAAAAUUCUAGCAUUUUUGCAAUAAAUUUUGAAAUACUUUGCAAUAAAUUUCAAUUUUGUUGAAAUUUUAUACAGCAAAUAUUGAUUUUC